AUGGGUGGAGAACGGCAGGUCGAAUCCCAGAACACCUUCUACAUUGGAAUCGUGAUUGGAACUAUGAUAGCCAUAGCAUGGCUUCUUCUUGUACGAAAAAAGCACCAUAAGCACUCCUCUCAUCAUCAUCAUGACGCACAUCACAAAAGCCACAGAUCUAACUCGUCUGAAGCUCGGAAAAAGCGAGUUUUUAAAUCUACAGGUGUGGUUCCUAUUCCGCCAACACCACCACCACCAUUGAAAACAACCAGCAAACUGUCGUCAUCACACAAUAAAUAA